UAUUCCCUUCCAACAUAACAUUGCCCCACUGUGUUUCCUUCAGAUAUGGAGUGAGAACAUCGGACAUUACAACAACCAAAAACCUCCUUCUUCUUCUUCUUCUUUUUUUAUUUUUUUAUUUUGCUUUUAUCAUCAUAUAAAGAGGACUGCUACAAUUCAACCACACCCUUCCUUGCAAAAUUAUUCAAACAAAAUUAUCUUCAAUUUUAAUUAUUAUCAUUCUUUUUCUUUUUUCCUUUUUUUUAAAUAAAACCCACAAAAUCCCCAGCUUGUUCUUCUUCUAUUAUCUAACACACACACACACACACACACACACAAAUAAAAAAGGAAUAUCAAUUAUGCAGAAUCAUCAUCAGCAGCACAUGAACUUGGUUUUGUCUACUGAUGCAAAACCAAGGCUAAAAUGGACUCAUGACCUUCAUCAAAGAUUUGUUGAAGCUGUCAAUCAUCUUGGUGGAGCAGAUAAAGCUACACCUAAGAGUUUGAUGAGAGUUAUGGGAAUCACUGGCCUUAGUCUUUACCAUCUCAAAAGCCAUUUACAGAAAUACAGAUUGGGGAAAAGCCAGCAAGCCGAAACCAAUGCUCAACUCAAACUAGAAGAGAUGCAGAAAAAAGGUGGGCAUAUUGAUGGUGAGGAAAACAAGGAUAGAACUCAAAACCAAAACAAAACAGAGAACAUGAAGAUAUCAGAAGCUCUUGAAAUGCAAUUACAAGUACAGAAGAGACUACAAGAACAAAUAGAGGUACAAAAACAUUUGCAGCUGAAAAUCGAAGCACAAGGGAAGUAUUUAAAGAUAGUAUUAAGAAAAGCACAAGAGACAAUUGCAGGGUACGGAUGUUGUUCUGAAGCACUUGAAGAAGCCAAAGCAGAGCUUUCUCAAUUGGCUUCAAUGGUGAGCUCUGGCUGUCAGAGCUCUUGUUUAUCAGAAUUGACUGACUCAACAGAACUUAAUUUUAAAGGGAUUGAAAGAGUUGGAAGAAGAAUGUGUUCCAUUGAAAGCUCUUUAACAUCUUCAGAAACCUCAGAGGAAGCCCCAAUCACGAAGAAGAGAAAAGGAAAAGAAAAAGAAGAGAGUAGCUCUGUUUGUGAGGAGGACAAGGAAUUAAGAAUGAUGGACUUGAAUGAUACAGCAAUUGGAUUUGAAUCAAAGUUGAUUCAGUUUCUUUAAAGAAAGGGGGAUUUUUGAAUGAAUGGUGAAUUUAUUUUGAGAUGAUGAAUAUGUGAAGUUUGGAGCAGAAAAGUUGGCAAAUGCUUGUAAAAUGUGUAAAUGGGGGGUAUUGUACUAUUGUAUAUAAUGCAUGUUUUCAUUAAGUAAAAUUUCAAGCAACCCUAAUGUUAGACUAAAUUAUGUAUUAAUUAGCUACCUAAACCAUUCAAAGUUUCUGAAAAA